AUGGGAAUCUGUUCAGCAAAAAACAAAACUAAUUAAGAACUAAAAGAAUAACAUGAAACUCUACCUUAAUAAUCUCCUUAACUUGAUCCUACUUAAGAUGCACAAAGAAAUUGUAAAUCUGAAACGCAUAUCAAAACUAAUAAAUUACCUGCACAAUCAUCUAAUCAAAAUCUCAAAGCCAAAAUUGUUACUAGUCCAUCUGCAAAACCGAUUAAACGCAUGGUCUGGGCAGAUUAAAUUAUUGAAAAUUCAGGUCAACGUGGUACACUAAAAACAUGGAUUUCAAUAAAAAAUACUAACUUCUCUAAAUAUUACUCUAUUUUAAGCAAAGAACAAUCAAAAUGUCGUAUAAAAUUGAAUGAAUAAAUGGCACUUGUCCAACACAAUCUGAGUGGUAAGAUUAGAGUAGCUGAAUUCAUUUUUAAAACAAAUGAAGGUGAACAACUUGUAGAAUCUAUUUAUAAAAGUUAACUAGUAUUUAUAAACUUACUAAAUUUUAGAAUCAUCCUAAUUUAAUUAAGCUAGAUGAAAUUUAUUAAGAUGCAUCCAAAUAUUAAAUUAUUCAUGAUUUUUGCAAUGGAGGUUCACUUCAAUAAUAUUUAGCUAUAUCAGUUUAUACGUAAUAACAAGCAGCACUGAUAUUGAAAUAAAUCAUUGAAAUUAUUUCAUAUAUUCAUAAAUUAGAACUAAAUCAUGGUGGAUUAUCAUUAAUUUCUUUUUAAAAGUAUAAUUAAUCUAAUUCAAAUUACAUUAAAUUAGUAGAUUAUAAACCUAUUCAUGUUAAACAAAUGAUUUCAACAAAAGAUAGUUUAAUGUAUACAGCUCCAGAGGCACUUACAUAACCUGAAGUUUAUACUCCAGAAAUGGAUAUAUGGAGUAUAGGUGUAAUGCUAUAUAGGAUGCUUUCUGGUUAAUAUCCAUUUUAAGGAUCAAAUAAGGAGGAAUUACUAGAAUCUCUUAAAAAGUAUUAAACAUCUGAUGAAUUAAUAACAGAUUGUUUACCUCGUAAUAGUGUAGAAACAAUAAAAAAAUUCUUAAGAUGGGAUCCAAAAAAAAGAAUGAAACUAAAUUUGGCUUUAAAUGAUGCUUGGGUUAAAUAAAAUAUUGAAUAAUCAAAAGUAGAAUAAGAUCAAAUUGUUAAAUAACUUGAUCAGAAUCACCCUCUUUCCUUUUUAUAAUGUUGUUUCUUAUAGCAUAUGAUUACAACCUUUUAAUCUGAUUAAGAAUAAUCUUUGUAUUAAAUUUUUGGAUAGUUUGAUAUUAAUCAUGAUGGUAAAAUAAAUAGAUAAGAGUUAACAUAAGCUUACUUGAAUCAAUUUUCAAAUAUAUAAGAAGUAAAAGAACACGUUGAUUCAGUUUUUAAAGGUGUAGAUAUUAAUAGAAAUGGUGAGAUUGAUUUUUAAGAAUUUUUGAUAGGAGUAAUAGAUCGUAAUACAUUGAUUACUACUGAUAAUAUAAAAGAAGAAUUUCGUAUAUUAUCAGAUGUAGAAGGUCACAUUUCACUUUCGAAGAUGUGCUAAUUAUAUCAUAAUAAAAAAUAGCAAUUAAAAUAGUAAUUUUCCAUAUAUGAAAAUAAUCAAGUAUUUUUUUAUUUUAUUAUUAUUUAUAGAUAAAUUUUAAAUAAUUUUAAGAUUUAAUGUUUGAUGCACUUUGA